GGAAUUCAAAUCAUGAUUUGAAGCUGCUGGAUAUUCCGCUACAAAUUGUAGCCUAGUGAUUUUAAUUCAGCGAAACGUCACACAAGAUCACACUUGUGGUGGCGCUGUGGCGGGCGGGCGGAGCUGCGGUGUCCCCGGCACUACAGAAGAAAAGCUGCAUUUUGUCCUGGAAGAAAACAUCACUCAGACAGCAGCUGCAGUGUUGAGACGAGACCAAGCUGCCAGUGGACUGAAGACUUAGGGCAGGAGGUCACCAUGGAAACGUGAUGGAGUUCCCCCAGCAUUCCCAGCAGCUGCUGUCAGCUCUGCGUUCCCAGCGCCAGCGGGGCUUCCUCUGUGACUGCAGCGUCCUGGUGGGCUCAUCCCGUUUCUUGGCUCACAGGGCUGUUUUGGCCUCCUGCUCGCCUUUCUUCCACAUGUUCUACUCCGACCCUCAAGGGGUCAUUGAUGGAAAUGGCACCAGCAGCUCUGUCACACUCGACAGCGACAUUGUCACGGCUGCUGCAUUUGGCUUGCUCUUGGACUUUGUCUAUGAAGGCGUGCUGCAGCUGGCCGAGUCUCCACCAGUGGAGGACAUAUUGGCGGCUGCAAGCUUUCUGCACAUGAACGAGGUGGUGAGAGUCUGCAAGAGACGACUCCAGAGACGGGGGCCUCUGGCAGAGGCAGACAGCACUCGCUCCGAAGAGUGCGCUGGUGCCAGGAGGGCGAUAGAGACAGGGAGGGUGGGUGAGGGUGACGGUGGAGCUGAGCCGGUGGAGGCCAUGGCAGGAGAUCACUUAAAUCCAGUCGCCAUGGAAGCACCGAUCUCAUCAGUAUCUAGAAUGGCAGAGAGGAGUCAGUUGGAGUCUGUGGAGUCUGAACGGAGGAUUGGUGGGGGGUCAUCAGAAGCACGAGUUCAGACUCCUCUGAGCCCUGACCUCGCUGAUACCACGCAGCCAGGCAUGGGCGCCCCUCUGCUGCCUCCAGGCGGGGAGCUGGUGCAGGGCCUCAUCACAGGCCGGUCUGCCCCAGCCUCGGGAGGUAACGCCAGGUUGGGGACUGGAGGUCAUGGAGAGGGGUCGGCACUCUGCAGCCCUUGCAGCACAACUGAGACAUACAGGUGCAGUCAUAGCAGUAACCAGCAGCCCUCCUCGUCUUCUUCCUCCCGGGUGCCAGUGAGCCAGGCUAGUGGUCGGUCAGUGGUUACUUAUUCCCAGUCAGGAUCCAGCCUCUGCUCCAGCCCCCAACAUUAUGUACCCCGACUGCCACGUGUUGACUCUGUAAGGGAACCUUCAGAAGCUGACCACAGAGGUACAUCAGGCAGAGGACAACAGAUGGUCAUGUUAAUCCAAGCAUCAGCACUAACCUCACACAACCCAACACACUCACCACCACAGCGUGCACUUCCUCAGAUUCAAAUCCAGAGUGCUGUGUCACUCCAAAGCUUAGACUUCCACUCUGCUCCUGAGGCCCAAACCCUUAAGAGACCUGAGGGGAAUAUGGGAGCUUCACCCACCAUUAGAAAUGAAAGAUCUCACCGUCUCAUGGGCAGAGAGAGGACAGAUGACAAUGAUGGAGAGAAUGUAAAAGUCAAAGUGGAGGCCAUUGUUAUAUCCGACGAAGAGCUAGAGGAGGAGAAAGAGGAAAGCAGAGCGAGAGAACCAGUGAAUGAAGUAGACGAUGAGUUUGAAGAGGAAGAGCUGCACAGUCCGCAGUUUCUCUCCUCCCACCCACAGGGCCUCUUACAAAUGACCUCCCAUUCAAAUGACUACUCCUUCCCUCUCUCUCCCUCCUCUUCCUCCUCCGGUGCUGGCCCUUCCUCCCAGGACACUUCCUCCUUCGCCCUCAUUCCUCCGUCUACAGCUCAGCAGCAUUCUGACCCUUCUGCCUACUUCCAGGACUUCCAGGACUCUAUGGGGAACUUUGUAGAGGACGUCCCCACGUGUGGAGUCUGUGGAAAGACUUUCUCAUGUACAUACACACUAAGGCGCCACGCCAUUGUGCACACACGCGAACGUCCUUAUGAGUGUCGCUACUGCUACCGGAGCUACACACAAUCAGGCGACCUGUACAGACACAUACGCAAAGCUCAUGACCACACACUGCCAGCUAAACGCAGCAAGGCAGACAUGGAGCCCUCCCUGCCCCCACAACCACCACUACCACCACCACCUCCACCUCUUAGCUAACACACAAACACACACCCUAUUGUAUUUCUAUACUUAUGCACACUUACCUAAACUUUAACUCUAAUUCUACAUUAAAACCUAAAUCAAGAACGCUUUCAUUUUCAAUGAAUUUUGGUUGGAAUUUCCUGGAUUAAUCAGUUGUUUGUCUGGUCUAUAAAAUGUCAGAAAAUGUGAAAUAUGUCACAAUUGCCCAAAGCUUAAGGUGGCAUCUUUCAAUUUCUUCCAAAUAUUGUCUUGGGUGUCACCCUGCAGACACGCAGACUUUUUAUUCUACUGAGGACAUUUGAUGUAGUGAUGCACUGAUCCGACUUUUUCCGCCCCGAUGCGAUACCUGGGAUUUUGGUAUUGGCCGAUAUCGAGUACCGAUCGAUCCCAUUCCAGUGUUUAAUCAACCCUUAGAGAACGGGCCUCCCGCCAGCAGCUGCAGGAGCUCCUCGGGAGAGCAUUGUUUACGUGAUCCUGUUAAAUCGGUCUAAAAUAAAAACCAUAACCUGGACAGAACCAUAAUAGCUAUAGCAUUCAUUCUUCAGGCUUCUGUCUUUCGCGUGAGUACGAUUGUGAUGAUGUUACGUGAAUUCCGGUGCAACACUGCGUGACACAUAAUUGCAAAUGAAACUAUCAAAAUGCCUUUACGCUCUGCUCAUAAAAAUGAGCAUAUCUCAAAAACUAAAAAACAUACAAAUAACUUAUGGAGUGUUAGGAAAUACUUUGGUCAUGGUUUUUACGUUUAGAAAUAUUUUGGAUCUAUAUGUUUUGUGUGUUAGUAAAAUUUGAUGAAUAAAACAAAAUUCAAUACUUUUAAUUAUUAUGGUUUAUUGACUUGCAUAACCUUUUAGCUUAGGCUGUAUGGAUUUUAGGGAUAUGAAGCAUUUAAAGAUAUUCUAAGAAAUUACAUCACAAUGAGCACAAAUACAAAUGUAGGUACUAGGGGUGGGGGAAAAAAUCAAUACAGCAUAGUAUCGCGAUAUUUUUCCGUGGCAAUACUGUAUCGAUACACAGACGCCAAGUAUCGAUCUUUUAUGAUAUGUGUUGGUCAGUCUGUCUGCUUGACGAUCCCAUUUUGCAGCAAUUAAAUUGAAGUGAGAUGAACAGACAGAGAAAUGUAUCUCUUUAGAUAAAACCGAUGGUGACAAAAUUUUCAUUCAAUCAUUUGAAACUGGGAAAAGUUUGAAGUUGGAAAAACGGUAAUAAAUUGCAAUAUAUCGCAGAAUAUUGCAAUAUGUUUAAAAUCCCAAUAAUAUUGUAUCGUGACAUAAGUAUCGUGAUGAUAGCGUAUCGUGAGGCCUCUGGUGAUUCCCACCCCUAGUAGGUACUGGCGGACCAUUUCUGUUGCAGUUCAAAGGGUUAGUUAGCUGUUUGCCUCACUGUGUAGAAGUGUCUGGGAUCAUUAUUUUAUGUGCAAGGAAACCUCAGGCUUGACUUAAAGAUUGUUUUCCUAACUUUGCACCAGCAACUUUACAAUUAACAGGAUAUACAAUUCAAGUGUGAACCUUUUUUAAAUGCAGCAAAAAAAUGGUUCAAACUUAAACAGGAAUUAAAAUACCAUUAUAUAAAGUAUAAAAACAUUGAAUUGAAUAGAUCGGCACCAUUGUCACCAAUACCCAAUCCAGCUAUUGGAGUCAGUAUGGGCUGGUUAUUAGUAUGGAUGGAUAGAUCCCUAUUUUGAUCCCCAUAAGUACAGAAAUACAAGAACUCAGAGUAAACACCAGCAUUGUGGCAGUGAUAUCAACACUAUCAAACUAACACGUUUUAUGUUCAUGUAUGACCGUUGACUCCAUAGAACCCUAAAACUGAUCUGGUUUUAUGCUAUUAUGCUAUUCUUUUUAAACAUUUAAAAGGCAUUUACAGUUUAGGUUUGGUAUUUAUUAAUACCUUUUAUAUUAAUUUCAUACAUUUGUAUGUGUAUAAAAUUAUCAAAAACCCAAUUGUUGUUAGAAGUUUCAGGAGAUGUUCCAAAAUGUUUCAAAGAGUUGUGUGCCGUGUGACAUCCUACACUUAGUGUUUGCUAUAUUAACUCAAACCACAAAUGAGGGAGUUUUUUAUCAUAUCGGGUACAUGAAUUGUAAUUUGUAUGUAUUCAGUGUGUGACUCAGUGCCAGCAAAGUUUGACUGAUUGUAAAUGUAGUACUGUAGCAUUGUACUGUUUAGAGUUUCAACCUGCACAAAUUCUAAAAUUACAACAAGAUUAA